AUGGACAUAACAGUUAUCAUUGCUAUCACUGUUUGCCUUGUUAUUUUAUUGUCUUUUUUUGCUAUAAUAAUAGGAUAUUAUUGUUAUAAAAAAGCUGAAAAAGAUAAAAUUCGAAAAAAAAGAAAUGUUAGCAAGAAGUCAUCAUCUUCAAUAUCAAGAUCAAAGUCUGGUUCUAGAUCUUCCUCAUCACGUAGAAAAUCGAGGUCUUCAAGUUCUAAGAAAAAAUCGUCGUCUUCUAGAAAUAAGCGAUCUUCUUCUAGAAGUGGAUCAUCUCGUUCACGUGAUAGAAAGUCAUCAUCUUCACCUUCUAGCAGUAAAAGUGAUAACUCAAAAUCAAAUUCUAAAAGUAGAAGUAGAUCAAAGAGUAGAAGUAGAUCUAAAAGUAAAAAAUCCCAAAAUAAUAAUAAAAGUAUGCACAACCAAAGUCAGUCUAAUACCAAAACACAAAUUAAUAAUAAUCUUCCUAUUAAAGGUAAUGAUAUUACAAUUAACUCACCACCUCCACAAAUUAAUAAGGAAACAAUAAAUAAUUCUACACCCUUGUUACUUAAGCAACAAAGUAGUAAUCCUGAAAAAAGCAUGAAUGAUUCAUCACAAAAUAUUCAAUCUAGUAAGCCAGUUGCUAAUGUCCCUCUUGGAGUUAUUGAUCUUAGAACAAAUCAAAAAAAUACCAAAGAAGAAAAUGUUUUAGGAAAGGCUUCGUCAAAUGAAUUAAUUAAAUGCCAAACCAAUACUUCUUACAUACCACCAACUACAGUUGAUAUAGCAAAACAAACUCCAGAAGUAAAAAAUAACUCUAGUGUUGAUGAAAAAUCUAGAAAUGAUGAGAAAAAGUCAGGACAUUUUGAUGGUCAAAUUGGAAGUUUAUUGACAUCAAAUAAUUUAACUUUAAAUAAUGUUAAUAUAGUUGUAAACUCUAACAAUGAAGAUGAUUUUUGUGAAGUUAUAAAAAAAGCUGUAAAUGCGAUACCAGAUUCAAGUUUAAAAUUAUCUGAAAUUCCCAAUUUACCUCCAUAUAAUAAUAAGAAAAAUAAUUUUUAA